AUGUCUGGCUUCGAAAUCGCAGGCAUUAUUCUUGGCUCAAUACCUCUUGUCAUUUCCACGCUCGAGAACUACGGCGCAGGCCUCUCCACGCUGCAGAGAUGGCGUAGGUAUCAGCGCGAACUGCAAAGCUUGAUCCGUAACCUGGAGACCGAGAGGAUCAAGCUGCAGAACGUUUUCGAAAAGCUCCUCAUUGGCCUAGUUCCACAUUCUAGAAUUGAAGCCCUGAUCAAUAAUCCGAUAGGAGACCUUUGGAGGGAAGAAGAAACUUUGCGCAAGAUCCAGUUCCGGCUUAGUAAAGGUUUCAAGAUGUUUGAAGCGACGAUGAGCAACCUCAAGACAACAAUCGACGAUAUGGCCAGGAGGAUAGAUUCCCAACGGGGUGGAAUAGUUUCAGAGUUUAAGCGGGCCGUCUUCACACUGCAUCGUUCACAAUACGCGGACCUCAUCUCUGAAAUUAAAGACAGCAUCUCCAACCUCGAGAACCUCACAGAUCGCAACAUGGAGCUUGAACCCGCAAGGAGAGGGCGGUCUCGCGGAAAGAUUUUUGUUCUACUCCGGACCAUGUCAGAGAGUCUCUACCGUGCUUUGGGAACCAGUCUCAACUGUGCCUGUGGACACAGCAUUGGUCUUGGACUGGAAAGCCGAACAACAGUGGUUUUCCCCCCUGGUGAUGAAGACAGGCUCAUGAGUUCCACAACGUUCAAAAUCGCCUUUUCCUACUCUGAGAACGCCCAAAACGCGACGAUUUGGGAAGAAAUCUGGGUCAAACCUAACGUGGUAGCUGCGAGAGCAACGUUUUCACCCGGUUUGCCCGAUCCUUCUGCUCGCUCCAACAUUCACCAAGGCAAGAAAAGUGUCCAGUUUGCUAGCUCAGCAGGGGGAUCAUCAUCUACAACCCUACUUGUCCAAACACAGAGCAGCAUGGCAGCCAUGAGCCUAAACAUGCCCGGGCCAUGCGGGACGUCAGGCAUGGGUCUUCCGGUCAUGGGGCAUCUCAGCCUCUGCGAAAGGAUCAAAGUUAGUGGAAAGCAGACCGGUAUUGGCUCUUAUGGAACAAUUCUCGACAACUUAGCACUUGGAGCGAAGGAGUCUUCUCUUUCUCCCAUCCACUUUUCAGACUACUCAGAUGAGCCCUGCCACUCAGUCAUCUCACUAAGGGAGAUCCUCGAACAAUAA